AUGGAAGGAAUUUUGAAUUUUUCUAACGAAUUAGACAUUACUUUACUAGAUCAGGUGGUCACCACCUUCUACCAGGGUUCUGGUGUUCAGCAGAAACAAGCUCAGGAGAUUCUGACCAAAUUUCAAGACAAUCCUGAUGCUUGGCAAAAAGCUGAUCAAAUUCUUCAAUUCUCGACAAAUCCGCAAUCGAAAUUUAUUGCCCUAUCCAUCCUUGAUAAAUUGAUUACUAGAAAAUGGAAGUUGUUGCCGAAUGAUCAUAGAAUUGGUAUCAGAAACUUUGUUGUUGGUAUGAUUAUUUCUAUGUGCCAGGAUGACGAAGCGUUCAAAACACAAAAGAACCUCAUUAAUAAGUCUGAUUUAACUUUAGUGCAAAUCCUGAAACAGGAAUGGCCUCAAAAUUGGCCGGAGUUUAUUCCAGAACUGAUUGGUAGUUCAAGCUCUUCUGUUAACGUUUGCGAAAACAACAUGAUCAUUUUGAAAUUGUUAUCAGAAGAAGUCUUCGAUUUCUCUGCAGAACAAAUGACUCAAGCUAAAGCUUUACACUUGAAAAACUCAAUGUCAAAGGAAUUCGAGCAGAUUUUCAAAUUAUGCUUUCAAGUCUUAGAACAAGGUUCUUCUACUUCUUUAAUAGUAGCUACCUUGGAGUCUUUAUUGAGAUAUUUGCAUUGGAUUCCUUACCGUUACAUUUACGAGACGAACAUUUUAGAACUAUUGAGUACCAAAUUUAUGACUUCUUCUGAUACAAGAGCCAUCACAUUGAAAUGUUUAACUGAAGUGUCAAACUUAAAAAUCCCACAAGAUAAUGAUUUGAUAAAAAGACAAACUGUACUUUUCUUUCAAAACACUUUACAACAAAUUGCCACAAAUGUCAUGCCUGUUACAGCUGAUUUGAAGGCCACCUAUGCAACGGCCAAUGGUAAUGAUCAGUCCUUCCUACAAGAUCUGGCAAUGUUUUUAACCACUUUUCUGGCACGCAAUAGAGUUCUAUUGGAAARCGAUGAAUCUCUAAGGGAACUUUUAUUAAACGCACAUCAAUACUUGAUCCAAUUAUCUAAAAUCGAAGAAAGAGAGCUGUUUAAGACGACUUUGGACUACUGGCACAAUUUAGUAGCAGAUUUGUUUUAUGAAGUUCAACGUUUACCUGCAACCGAAAUGAGUCCAUUGAUACAAUUAUCAGUCGGUUCACAAGCCAUAUCGACUGGAUCUGGUGCUUUGAACCCUGAAUACAUGAAGAGAUUCCCCUUAAAAAAGCACAUUUAUGAAGAAAUUUGUUCACAGUUGAGAUUGGUUAUCAUUGAAAACAUGGUGAGACCAGAGGAAGUUUUAGUUGUCGAGAAUGAUGAAGGGGAAAUUGUUAGAGAAUUCGUCAAAGAAUCAGAUACCAUCCAAUUAUACAAAUCCGAAAGAGAAGUCCUUGUAUAUUUAACCCACUUAAAUGUUAUUGAUACUGAAGAAAUCAUGAUCAAUAAAUUGGCAAGACAAAUUGAUGGUUCAGAAUGGUCAUGGCAUAAUAUCAACACCUUGUCUUGGGCUAUUGGUUCCAUCUCUGGUACAAUGAGCGAAGACACUGAAAAAAGAUUUGUGGUUACUGUUAUAAAAGAUUUAUUGGAUUUGACCGUGAAGAAAAGAGGUAAAGAUAACAAAGCUGUUGUUGCAUCGGACAUCAUGUACGUGGUGGGUCAAUACCCAAGAUUUUUGAAAGCUCACUGGAAUUUCCUAAGAACAGUUAUUUUAAAGCUUUUUGAAUUCAUGCAUGAAACCCACGAGGGUGUUCAAGAUAUGGCAUGUGAUACAUUCAUCAAGAUUGUUCAGAAAUGUAAGUAUCAUUUUGUUAUUCAACAACCCCGUGAAUCUGAACCAUUCAUCCAAACAAUAAUUAGCGAUAUUCAAAAGACAACUGCUGAUCUGCAGCCGCAACAGGUUCAUACUUUUUACAAAGCUUGUGGUAUCAUCAUCUCCGAAGAACGAAACGUGGCGGAAAGAAACAGGCUAUUAAGUGAUUUGAUGCAGCUGCCAAAUAUGGCUUGGGACACUAUAGUAGAACAAUCCACUGCAAACCCAGCAUUACUAUUAGAUUCGGAAACCGUCAAAAUUAUCGCAAAUAUUAUAAAGACGAACGUCGCUGUUUGCUCUUCAAUGGGUGCAGAUUUUUACCCUCAAUUAGGCCACAUUUAUUACAACAUGCUUCAAUUAUACAGAGCUGUUUCCUCAAUGAUUUCUUCUCAAGUGGCUAGCGAUGGCUUGAUUGCCACAAAGACACCAAAGGUUCGUGGUCUGAGAACAAUUAAGAAAGAAAUUUUGAAACUUGUUGAAACUUACAUAUCUAAGGCCAGAAAUUUGGAUGAUGUCGUAAAAGUGUUAGUAGAACCACUAUUGAAUGCCGUUUUAGAAGACUAUAUGAAUAAUGUUCCAGAUGCAAGAGAUGCUGAAGUACUAAACUGUAUGACCACAGUGGUAGAAAAAGUAGGUCACAUGAUUCCACAAGGUGUCAUUUUGAUUUUACAAAGUGUUUUUGAAUGUACUUUGGAUAUGAUCAACAAAGACUUUACAGAAUACCCUGAGCAUCGUGUAGAAUUUUACAAGUUACUAAAAGUCAUCAACGAGAAAUCCUUUACUGCAUUUUUAGAACUACCUCCCGCCGCAUUCAAAUUAUUUGUUGAUGCUAUUUGUUGGGCAUUCAAGCAUAACAACAGAGAUGUUGAAGUUAACGGUUUGCAAAUUGCAUUGGACUUGGUCAAAAAUAUUGAAAGAAUGGGUGCCGUCCCAUUUGCUAAUGAAUUCUACAAGAAUUAUUUCUUCGUUUUUGUCAGCGAAACAUUUUUUGUGUUAACGGAUUCUGAUCACAAGUCCGGGUUUUCCAAGCAAUCGUUGUUAUUAAUGAAGUUAAUUUCAUUAGUUUACGACAACAAGAUAUCUGUACCACUUUAUCAAGAAAAUGAAGCACCACAAGGUACUUCAAAUCAAGUUUACUUGAACCAAUAUUUGGCUAACAUGCUAAAUAGCGCAUUCCCUCACUUAACAUCCGAACAAAUUACAAGUUUCUUGUCUGCAUUGACUAAACAAUACAAAGACUUAGUGGUUUUCAAGGGUACAUUAAGAGACUUCUUAGUACAAAUCAAAGAAGUAGGAGGUGACCCCACGGAUUACUUGUUUGCUGAAGAUAAAGAAAAUGCCUUAUUGGAACAGAAUAGAAUAGAAAGAGAAAAGGCUGCCAAGAUCGGUGGGUUACUAAAACCUUCUGAACUUGACGACUAG